GCGCUGACUCAUCGCAGGCCUAACAUGACCGUAUACCUUUUGGUGUCACAACUGGCGCGCCAGGACAGAUGUUGGUCUUGGAUCCGGUAUUCUGGAAUGCACAACACGCGAUUGAACAACCGGUAAUCUCAACCCCAUUAGCGAGUCGUUAGCUGUCCUGUAACCGACCCUCCACCGGGAGAUCCCCAAAUCGUUUCUAAGUGACGUUUCAGAAUUCAUAAUGCGCUUGAGAUAUUACGCAUUACGUAUCCCCCUGGAGACAGUUUCCAUCGCCCACACUUCCGGAUCUUCACCGCUGGAUGUGGAUGAACCGCGACACGUUCGUCGCUCGGUGAGAUGAGAUCCCAGCUGCCUUUCAACCGGGAACGAUCAUCCUGCGUCUGUAGAUAAAGCUCUCGCUUUUCUUCUGUCUUUCCUUAUUUUUUUUUAAAGUAAACUGACGUCGGUGUGGUCCUCACCAGGAGACGCGAACAUAUCGUUGGCUGUUGAGCUAUUUUUUCCUCGCGCACACAGACAAGAUUCCCAAACAUCGUCUUCGUCAACUGUUGCCUUAAAUUAACUUUUAAAUGAAUCUUGUAAGAUUUAUGAACAACCGUGUUCCGGCCGACAAGCGAUACCAGCCCACGGACUACGAGCAUGCAGCUAACUGUGCCACACACGCGCUGUGGAUUAUCCCUAGUUUAUUGGGCAGCUCGGUGCUGCACUUCCUGUCCGAGGACCAAUGGGAGCGCGUCUCGGCAUGGCUGUACGGGGCGGGGCUAAGCUCACUCUUCAUCAUCUCCACCCUGUUUCACACUGUAGCCUGGAAGAAGAGCCACCUGCGCAGGGGGGUGGAGCAGUGCUUCCACAUGUGUGACAGGAUGGUGAUCUACUUCUUCAUCGCUGCCUCCUACGCCCCCUGGUUGAACCUGAGGGAGCUAGGACCCUGGGGUUGUCACAUGCGCUGGCUGGUGUGGGUCAUGGCUACGGUGGGAACCACUUACGUGUUCUUCUUCCACGAGAGAUAUAAGAUCAUGGAGUUGUUCUGUUACACAGUGAUGGGUGUGUUCCCUGCCCUUGUAAUCCUCUCAAUGCCGGACAGGGCGGGGCUGUGUGAGCUCCUGGUGGGCGGAGCCUUCUACUGCCUGGGCAUGGUGUUCUUCAAGAGCGACGGCCUCGUCCCAUUCGCUCACGCCAUCUGGCAUCUUUUCGUUGCCAUGGGAGCUGGCAUCCACUACUACGCCAUCUGGAGGUACCUCUACAUCCCUCCAGCAAAUCAGGUGCAGACCUCCAGAUGACAUCACCGCUGACAUCACGAGGACAGGGUUGUGCAACAAGACGAAGAAAAGGAAGUGACAUCACGACGCAGGGGGAGGAGAAACCCUGACAACAUCAUUUCCUGUUGGGUAUUUCUUUGUUGCGGGUGAAGCCCCCCCCCCCCCCCCUCUUUCUUUUCUCAUAGUUUGGUUGAGGUGUGCUGCCAUGUUGACUUAACCAGUGUGGGGGUUGUACUUCCACACAAACAGGAAGUGUUUGUUGAUUAACCAAUGGUGUUGCACUUCCUGCCUCAGUGUUUUAAAAGCUGAUUGGUGGAGGCUGUCAGGUUGCCAGGCAACAUUCCUAAGGAGGUCAUUCUAAUUGUUCCAGUUCACUACUCUUCGAAUUAAUAUUGAUUAGUAUUGGUAUUUAUUAUCGGUGGAGUUAUUGAUUUGUAUUAUUUGUUCCUAUCAAGUUAUAGGUAUUGUUACAGCCAGGAGUUUAUGGUUCUGUGUGAUGUUGUGAUGUUUAUUACAGCUGGGAAGAGUUCAGAUGUUAGGACCAUUGAGAUAACUCACCACCUUCUCAUUAUUUCUAUCUAUUUUAAUCUUGAAAGUUAUCUCUCUCCAUCUCUAUGUUUACCAAAAUCUCUUUCUUUUGAAGCUGCAGUGUUGUUGAUCAGGUUAUUGGAAGCGUUAUUGAUCAGGUUACUUGAAGAGUUCUUGGUUGGUCAGUGUCUCUGUUGACCGUUUAGAUCACAUGAUUGUACAAACAAAACGUGUUUUCUACACUCAGAUGUUGUUUAAAGAUCAGUUGUAAAGUUUUAGAUCGAUUCAGAUGUUAAAUAUUGACUCUUAUCUCACAAUAGUAUAUUAUAAGCAUUCAUUUCACCACUCACAUAAAGUAUGUAUGAAUAGUGUUUCUAUAUAGUUUACACCUCAGUCUGGUGGUCUAUAGUGUUUCUAUAUAGUUUACACCUCGGUGUGGUGGUCUAUAGUGUUUCUAUAUAGUUUACACCUUGGUGUGGUGGUCUAUAGUGUUUCUAUAUAGUUUACACCUCAGUGUGGUGGUCUAUAGUGUUUCUAUAUAGUUUACACCUCGGUGUGGUGUUCUAUAGUGUUUCUAUAUAGUUUACACCUUGGUGUGGUGGUCUAUAGUGUUUCUAUAUAGUUUACACCUCAGUGUGGUGGUCUAUAGUGUUUCUAUAUAGUUUACACCUCUGUGUGGUGUUCUAUAGUGUUUCUAUAUAGUUUACACCUCGUUGUGGUGGUCUAUAGUGUUUCUAUAUAGUUUACACCUCAGUGUGGUGGUCUAUAGUGUUUCUAUAUAGUUUACACCUCAGUGUCUAAGAUUGCUCCCUAGUGUUGGGAAUUCUUAGUGCAUCUAAGAUGAAUGUCAUCAAAACUCCAUCAGUCAGUCGACGUGAUUAAUACUGUCACCUGUGUGUGCGUGUGUGCGUCGGUGUGUGUGUGUGACUGACACCACACAAUAACCCCCCCCCCCACUAUGUCUCAGGUGUGUGUGUGUGCGUGUGUGUUCAUGUUCAGAGUUCAUAUCCUGAAGUGAUGAUUCCACUGCCUGGAAAGGUCUAUGUUUACAUGCGUGGACACAGAUCAUGCGUGUCACAGAUCAUGCGUGGGCACGGAUCAAAGCACAUGUAUGUAACUGUGUUUCUCUGAUGCUGGUUUUUCUCUUCAGCAUCUUUGCAGACGUGUCCACAGGGGGACAGGCUCCAACUGUCUGAGCCGCGCACCGAUAGGCUACUGUGAAACAUCUUUGUUCUGAUUGGUCGUACGCAUUUUGAAAAUGUAAAGAGUCAAACUCACUGGUGCCUAAGCAACGCAGUGAAACACACCGUCACACACACACCGACACACACAAACACCAUCACACACACACAUUGACACACACACGCACUGUCACACACACAUCGACACACACUGACACACACACACACACACCGUCACACAGACACGUACGGUGUUGUGAGAACAGCUGUCCCUGUCCUGACAGCAUUGUGACAUCACACCAAGUUUUUAUGUCGCUAAUGUUUGUUGCCAGGGUGGUUAAAAGUGUUACACCAUAGCUCCGCUCCUGAGGUGCUGCGUUGGGCUGCACAAAAGAAUAAAACAAUCAAACCUGCCACAGAGAACACUUGUUUUCUCUGCCACCACCGCCCAGACACGGCACACCUGGGUGGGUUUUAAAAAAAGCUACUUCUUGGAUUUUUCAAAGACUUCAGGUGCGCUUGAUUUAACUGUCAGCCUCCAAUGCUGCCACACUGCCUCACAUCCUGCAGGUGGGCGGGUUCCCUUCCAGAGUGUCCCUCUCAGUCUCCCUGAGGGGCGAGGGGGCAGGGGGAGGGGCAAGGGGCGAGGGGGGCAGCUGGAAUGAGACUCGCCCUGCGCGUGUUUUCUGUGAGAGAGAAGAGGACGUCGCCUGACGGCCUAACGGUCUCAGUUAGGUUAACCCUAACCCUAAGAGGCCCUAACCCUAACCCUCUUUUCUAUCCCACACUUAGUAUUUGAACCUUUGACCUUUGUACGACCUUUGUGUGACCUCCGUGUGACCCUUCUCUCAGUGUUCUAACGUUCCGUGAUGCUGUGAAGCUUUUCCUUUGCGUCGUCUUUAGAGAUGUUUUAUCUCUUUGUUCUGCUCCUCCCUCCUCCCACUUACUCCUCCCCCCUCUCCCUCCCCCACCCCCCCCCUCGCUCCUCCCCCACCCCCCCUCGCUCCUCCCCCUCCCAUACCCCCCCUCGCUCCUCCCCCCUCCCCCACCCCCCCUCGCUCCUCCCCCUCCCAUACCAACCCCUCGCUCCUCCCCCCUCUCCCUCCCAUACCCCCCCUCCCAUCUUCCCCUCCAUGAGUGUAGCUUGCUGACUAUCUCAGAUCGUGACUGGUGCUUAGUGAUGGUACUGCUGACUGUGUCUGUAUUUUAUAUAUGUUGCUGUUUUAAUAAAAACACAACUUUUAUAACUGA